AUGGAUCAGUCUGCCAUGUUCUCUAAUCGAGGCAAAGGCCGCGGUCGUGGUCGUGAUCGUGGCCGUGAUUCAGGGGGAGGACGUGGUUUCUUUGGUGGGAGGCAAGGUGAAUCUGAUAAGGACUCACGACAGUGUGGUCAUUGUGGGAGAACCAAUCAUAUUUCUGAGAAGUGCUGGGAGAAGUUUGGUUGUCCUCAGUGGGCCCAGGUAGCUGAUACAGAGUCGACUAACUCAUCUAUUUCUACUACUACUUCUGGUGGUCCAGCUGUUACUGCUCCUACUGUUCAGAUUUCUCAGGCAGAUUAUGAGAGGUUGCGCCAGCUAGAACUCUCUCAGAAUAUUCAUUCUGCUACUCAUGCAUCCUCUUCAGGUAUGGAUGCUUACAUAGCUUCUUCUCACAAACCCUGGGUACUAGAUUCUGAAGCCUCAUCUCAUAUGACAGGUAUAAAGGAUCACUUUGUAUCUUUACAUCUUUCUGAUAAGUUUCCUUCUAUCCGCAUUGCUGAUGGUACUCUUUCUCCAGUUCGUGGUGAUAGAGUAGUUCAUGCUACUUCCUUUUUAAAACUAAUUGAUGUGUUAUAUGUUCCCAAAUUUCCUGACCUAGCAACUGGGAUGAAGAUUGGUUCGGGGCAUGAGAGAGAAGGUUGUGAGUCGUGUGAACUGGGUAAGCACCAUCGUGCUACUUUUCAGAGUCGAGUCGAUAAACAUAGUAGUUUUGUUUUUGAGUUGGUUCAUUCCGAUGUCUGGGGUCCUUAUCGUGUUCCCUCUGUGCAAGGUUUUCGAUAUUUUAUUAUCUUUGUUGAUGAUUUCUCUCGCAUGACGUGGCUUUAUCUGUUAAAAGAGAGGUCAGAGGUCUCGCACGUUAUUGAACUCUUUUAUAAUGAAAUAAAAACUCAGUUCUCUACUUCUGUUCGUAUUCUUCGUACUGAUAAUGCUUUGGAAUAUAUGAAAAGUGAUGUUUCAAAAUUUUGUGCUCUUAAUGGCAUUAUUCAUCAGACUUCUUGCUCUCACACUUCACAACAAAAUGGAGUUGCUGAGAGGAAGCAUAGGCAUAUUCUAGAUGUACCACUACCUUCUUCUGCUCCUACUACUAUUCCAUUACCUGCUCCUGUAGCUCCUGCACCGAAGCCUCUACUGACAUACUCUUGCCGCCCAAAAGUACAUGCCCCUGAAUCUGCUACUGCUGAAGCUUCAUCUCCAGCUGUCGAUCCAUCUCAUGUUGAGACCUCUAUUCCUUCUGACUUGGAUAUCCCUAUUGCUCUUCGAAAAGGUAAACGGUCUUGCCCGAAAUAUCCUAUAUCUCUUUUUGUCUCUUAUGACCGUCUCAAUCCAUCUUUUCGUCAGUUUGCCUUGUCCUUGUCUACUGUAUCUAUACCUAGGUCAUAUGAGAAAGCUAUGUUAGUACCAGCUUGGAAGCAGACACUGUUAUAA